CCAACCUACUCUUCCGUGUCCCAACCAGAGAGGCAGAGAGCUAGCAGCAGCAGCAGCAGCAAGCGAACGCGUUCGAUAGCUCGUCGGCGCAAAGCAAGACAAGGCAGCAUGUGCAACGUCAUCACGAUCCCGUCCUUCGCCUGGCUGCGCCGCGCCGUGCGCCGGUGGCGGAACCGCCGGUCCACCUCCGCCCCGGUGCCGGCGGGGCACGUCGCGGUCUGCGCGGAGGGCGCGCGGUUCAUGGUGCGGCUGGGGCACCUGAGCCACCCGGCGUUCCUGGAGCUGCUCCGGCAGGCGGAGGAGGAGUACGGCUUCCCGUCCGGCGCCUCCGGCCCAGUCGCGCUCCCCUGCGACGAGGGCCGCCUCCGCGACGUCCUCCGCCGCGUCUCUUCCUCGUCGGGCUCCGAGGAGCCACGCCGCUCCUCCUCCUGCCGCCGCCGCGGCGACUCGCGGCCGCUGCUGCAGGGGGUUGCCGUCGAGAAGCUCUUCCCGUGAGCCAUCGACCAACAGCGCGCGUGCCGCGGCACCGAACGAUCGAGCAACGCAGCGCCCAAUUUCUGCGCGCAGCAGCAGCAACUGGAGACAGACACGACUCCGGGCGCGGGGAAAAAGACUAAGGCCGUGAAGACCGUGCGGGCCGGCGUGGCGGCGUGCUCCCCUGCCCAGCGUGAUGCCGGUCGCCGGCGAUCGGACGCGUACUGGAGCUAGGCAGUGCAGUAUGUGAUGGUGAUGGUAGUAACUGAUUGAAGAAGGCGACGAUUUUUUUUUAUUGUUUUCUCUGUAACUAUUCUUUGUUUUCUCUGUAACUAUUCUUUGUUUUCUCUGUAACUAAUCUAAUCGUCUGUGCAACUUCUUUGCAGAGGCAUACGAGUAAAUUAGA